AUUUAUGCUCUCUCACAGCUCUUACACACUCAUUCUCUGUUUCAUACCACUCCAAAAGGACAUAACGGUUUGAAAAGAAGGGACUCCAGCUGUCAUUUGUCGAGUAGUUUCCUGUACUUGGCGUGGCUUUGGAACAACUUUGCUAAACACAGGGAAAGAGAGUGGGGGGUGAAAGAGGGCAAAACAGAGGGAGUUGAAACAGUCCAGUGAAAGAGGACAAGGAUAACUCCCGUGUCAGUACUCAAAAUGGGUUGGUCUUGGGCUCUAGCCUGCUGGUGUGCAUUAGUGCUGGUGUGCGCGUCUGAAGAUAACAGAUCCCUUCCUGACAUGUUACAGAGAGUGGCCUCCUUUGACAUAGAGGAUUUCCUGCAAAACAUGACCCAGAGGGAGAUCACCCCGCACCUGAACACAGACUUUAGACCUGGAGUUCGGACAAUGGCUGGGCCUCGUUCGUUUGGGGAUUCCCACCCCGGUUUCCUCUUCCCCCCUGGCCGGCCGUCCCCUAAGAACCUCCAGGCCAUCUGUCUCCAUAGCAGCCAUCGUCCCCGGUACCCUUCCUACUCCCUCCCCCGGGACGGCAGAGGCCACUUUCGUCAUCGAGCUGAAGCAGUCAACCGGGUAGAGUCCUGGUACAGCGCAUGUUGCCAUGGGAACGGGACACAGCAGGUCCAGGAAGUGACGCUGUGCUGCGUUACACAGGCGUGGGAACAGACCCUGUCCACAUUCUGUACUGUUGAGUUCUCAUUGAAGACAAACCACCACCACUGCUGCCUGAAAGAGGGCGGGGCCAGACUGAGCUGUUUCGAUAGGGAAAACCCAAACGCAACCUACCUGCCGACCACCCCCAUACCUGAACCUGGCUUCACCUUUAACCCCAACACAUGUCACAAGUCCCAGCCUGGUCCAUGUGCUGUCAGAGGGGAGGUGCACAAGGAGAGCCCCCAAGCUACUCCCAGAGACUCUGACAUCAGCUUCCCCCCUGGACGCCCCACUUCCGACAACAUUGAAUUGCUCUGCUGCCUACACAACCACCGACCCCUCUCCUCCACCAAGUGCCUGCCACGUACAGGCUUUGGCUGCCUGGACCACCAAUCAAAGGCCAUGAACCGGCUGGAGAGAGGAUUCAAACACUGUUGUAAGGGACAGGAGGACGUGCUGCCCUGUGCUGAGGGAAAGUGGCGUAAGGUGCUUGACAGGUUCUGUGAGGAAGAGCAGAAGGGGAGGGGUCACAACACCUCCUGUUGUGAUGUGGGAGAAGGUGAGAAGAGGUACACCUGUUUCUCCUCCCGCGCCCCUCAUUCAGACUAUGACCAAAAGCUUGACUCUGCCGCACCUCAGACCCACAACCUCGGACACAUCUGUGAAACAUACAAGAUCAUCAAGAAGUUCCCUUUGGCUCUUCCUGUCCAGAACUUAGUGGUCCAAUGCUGCCCCCUGCCAGCAGACCAGAGAACUGCAUGUGUUCAGAUACAGCUAUUGAUGCUGUCGCAGAGACGCUGUCUUGAGGGGAAGCCCUCCUCUUCCGCUGUCUUGCAGAAGUCCUGCCCUUCCUCCUCCUUCUCCCAGGACUCCUCUAUGUGCCUCUCCAGACUGCUCAUGAAUGCCAUCACCAAGGCAACCAAGUCCCCACACCUUAGAAAGAGGAAAUUCCUCCUCACCUGAUUUUGUUUUUACUCUGAUGGCAGUGGGCCAAUCCGAAUUGGCGGUCAGGGGAUUUCUGCAGUAGUCACUAGAUGACCAUGAAAGGAUAGAAUUUGCUAAUACAGAAGAACUGUUGAGCAAGUGCAUGAUUUAGUCAAACAGGGGAUAGGGUGUGGGUAAGAGUAAGCAGAAUUUAUAGUUAGAAAGUGCCAUUUAUUCCAUAUUCUCUAGCAUGGCCAGAUGACAACCAAUUAAUGUAUGGUAUCCAAGUGCACAUAAUAUUUCAGUAUUACUGUCAGUGUCUGUCAUUAAGAGGGUGUUAUAAUGAUAGAACACAGAGAGCUGAUACGAAUAUAAAAAAUAAGUGGUAAUUCAAAUGGUGAUUUGUUUUGAAAAGCAGAUAUGUUUCAGAUUUGUUAGUUGUAUUUUUCAUAUAGUUCCAGAACUGCUAGUCCAGUUGUCCUGUUCUAUUUCUAACGUUUGAAAUAAAUCUUUCUAGAAUAUGUCUUAAUCAUUUUGGAGUGAAGCACUGCCAGUUAUUGUAAUUUGUCGUUAUCUGACACAUGAACAACAUUGAAAUUAUUAUUUGAAUAAACUGAAAUGUUGAUGGAAGUGGA